AUGGCUAAAAUUGCGAUAUUUCUCUUAGCUUUAAUCGCUGUGGCCGCUGCCUACCCAGGCUACGGUGGCGAACAACAUGAUUACGGUCACCACGACGGAGGGUGGGGCGACCACGGCGGACAUGGUCACGGUGGGCACAAACAAGACGAAGGAUUCGGUCAUGGUGGCGGGCACAAAGUAGACGAAGGAUUCGGUCAUGGUGGCGGGCACAAAAUAGACGAAGGAUUCGGUCAUGGUGGCGGGCACAAAAUAGACGAAGGAUUCGGUCAUGGUGGCGGACACAAACAAGACGAAGGAUUCGGCCAUGGUGGGCACGGUAGCCACGAUAGCCACGGAAGUCAUGGAUAUGGUGGCCACGGCGAACACGGCGGCCACUACGGUCAUUACUAA